CGAUUCCUCCGCUUUUCCUUUUUCAAAAUCGCCCUUUCCUCGUGCGCGUGUCGACUCCUUCCUGCUCGCCGCCGGGUCUGGGCUGGGUGACGCUGCCUCGGAUGAGGCCGCGCUGACCGGAGCCGUAGCCGGACCACCCGCCCACCCAUGGCGCGCCCGCAGCGCGUGUAUGAGGCUUGGAAAGGGAACAAUAAAUUCUUCUUUGGUGGGAGGCUCAUAUUCGGACCUGACGCCAAGUCACUGAUCCUGUCUGUUUCGCUCAUUGUGGCCCCGGUAUUGGUCUUCUGCGGAUUCGUUGCUCGGCAUCUUCGCCACCACUUCCCGGCUUACAAUGCUGGAUAUGCGAUUCCUGCGGUAGCUGUAGUGUUUAUGAUUUAUGUGCUAGUCCUGCUCUUGAUUACAUCAGCGCAGGAUCCUGGGAUCGUUCCCCGCGCAGCCCACCCGCCGGAGGAUGAGUUUUCUUAUGGCAACGCUUUGUCUGGGGGCACGCCUGGGAGGCUACAAUUCCCCCGUGUAAAGGAAGUACUGGUUAAUGGGAUGCCUGUGAAAGUGAAGUAUUGUGACACCUGCAUGAUUUAUCGGCCUCCUCGAUGCUCACACUGUUCGAUAUGCAACAAUUGUGUAGAGCGCUUUGACCAUCAUUGCCCCUGGGUUGGACAAUGCAUUGGGCAGCGCAAUUACCGGUACUUUUUCAUGUUUGUUUCUUCCUCGACUCUUCUCUGCAUUUAUGUAUUUGCAAUGUCAGCCUUGUACAUCAAGUUUCUCAUGGAUGAGGAUUAUCCAACAGUAUGGAAGGCUUUCAAACACUCUCCCGCUUCUUUGGGGCUUCUGAUAUAUUGUUUCAUUGCUCUCUGGUUUGUUGGUGGACUCACUGGAUUUCAUUUGUACCUCAUUAGCACCAACCAGACCACGUACGAGAAUUUCCGAUACAGAUCAGACAGCAGGCCUAACAUCUAUAGCCAAGGAUGUCUGAAUAACUUUCUACAAGUCUUCUGCAGCAAGACAAAACCUUCUAAACACAAGUUCCGGGCCUACGCGCAAGAGGAAGUGCGGCCUCCAACGGUUAGCUUCGGCAGGGAGGUCGAUGAGGAACCGGUCGGCGGGCCUCGGCCGAAAGUUGAGGACGAUCUUGAAAUUGGUACCGAUCUUCUGAAGAUCUCUCAGCGGCGCAACUACGAGGACGUCGAUGCAGAAACGGGAGGCCGUCGCAGUCGCAGCAGCGAGGUGGAAGGCACGGCCAGUGCCAGACCUGCUGUGGCGUGCUCGGAGUCCCAGAUCCCUGCGGUCGGGGGUACUGACGUGAGGGUGCGGCACUCGAGCUGGGACCGGCGAAGCGGGAACUGGGACAUGUCGGCUGUGCUUACGAGGAGCGCGUCAGAUGUGAUUGGACGUAGCAGCGUGUUCGCCGCGGACGCUGCACGUCCAUCUCUAGAAGAGACUCGCUAGCGAACUGUGUCUGUGCAUCCAGGAAACAUGUGCGAGCGGUUCGGAUAGCGAGGCCAUUUGACUCGUGGUGGUGGUGACACACACCCAGGUGUUUUGGCUUUGGCUGCCUUGAUUGGGUUUUUGUUACCGACCCUUGUCAGUUGUCAUGUAUGGACAGUUAUUUUUAGUCAGAGAAUCUGCCCCCAUUGUUGCCGGCAUGUUCGUGUGCCUGUAAAUUGCAAAUGCAGGAUCCUCAUCAACUUCAAUUCUUAUUGGGCUGUUUCUUUGAG